ACUUUGCUGGACCUUCCCCCUGUGACUCCCAUGGGUGAAGCCUCACUGCCCAGCUCCUACCACGCCUUCCCAACAGUAGACGUCCCGGACCACGCUCACUACACCAUCGGGGCCAUCAUUCUGGCUGUGGGCAUCACAGGUGUGCUGGGGAAUUUCCUGAUCAUCUACACAUUCUGCAGGAGUCGAAACCUCCGGACUCCUGCCAAUAUGCUCAUCAUCAAUCUGUCCAUCAGUGACUUCUUCAUGUCCCUCACCCAGGCUCCCGUGUUCUUUGUCAGCAGCCUUCACAAGAGAUGGAUUUUUGGGGAGAAAGGUUGCCAGCUCUACGCAUUCUGCGGUGCCCUCUUCGGCAUCACAUCCAUGAUCACUCUGACAGUGAUUGCAUUGGACAGGUACUUCGUCAUCACUCACCCGCUGGCCUCCAUAGGCUUCAUCUCCAAGAGGAGGGUUCUGCUGAUCCUGACCGGUGUCUGGGUUUACUCUCUGGCUUGGAGCCUCCCGCCUUUCUUCGGAUGGAGUGCCUAUGUGCCUGAAGGGCUCCUGACAUCUUGUUCCUGGGACUACAUGACUUUCACGCCACCAGUCCGGGCCUACACUAUGUUACUCUUCUGCUUUGUCUUCUUCAUUCCCCUGAUGGUGAUCAUCUACUGCUACUUCUUCAUCUUCCAGGCUAUCAGGGGUACCAACAAGGCAGUUCAGACUAUCAGCUCAGAUGACUGCAGAGGGUCUCAGAGGCAAUGCCAGAGGAUGAAGAAUGAAUGGAAGACAGCGAAGAUCGCCUUGAUGGUUAUCCUGCUCUAUGUCAUUUCCUGGUCCCCUUACUCUGUGGUGGCUUUAUUGGCUUUUGCUGGGUAUUCCCACCUCCUAACACCCUACAUGAAUUCAGUGCCAGCUGUGAUCGCCAAGUCCUCCGCCAUCCACAAUCCUAUCAUCUACGCCGUCACUCACCCCAAGUACAGAAUGGCCAUCACCAAGUACAUCCCCUGCCUUGGACCCCUGCUGAGAGUGUCUCGCCAAGACUCUAGGUCCUCCAGCCACUACGUGUCCAGACGCCGCUCCGCGGUCACCAGCCAGUCCUUGGAUGGGAGUUGGCGUCCCGGGAGGAGGCGCCUCCGGUCUUCCACCUCAGACAAUGAAUCGGGCUGGACAGACACUGAGGCCGAUGCUGGCAGUGCUUCCUCCAAGGCCGCCAGUCGUCAGGUUUCCUGCAGAAUGAGCCGGGGCCCCACAGAGCAUUGCAACCCGCGGGCGAAGGUCAAGCCGAAGAGCUGGGAGGUGGGAAGUUUCCAGAAGGUUCUGAUGGACACAGAGGACCUUUCCCCAGCAGAGACUGGAAGAUUGCUCACCCACCUGAACCUUGGGAUUUAACAAGGCCUCUGCACUCCACGGCCCUACCAGCCUUACCUUUGUUUCUCUAGGUGUUAGCCAGGGGUCCUGUUGCACAUGUACCUCUUGUAAGAGCAUAAACA